AUGAAAGUAUUUAUUCAGUUCCGUCACCAUCGUGGAUCACCAUCUGGUGAUCAUCGUGGUUCACCUGCUGCUUCACCAAUGAGUGGUGAAGAAUCCACUAAUUUAUUAUCUAGUUUUUGGAAUCAUCCAGCCACCAGGUCUUGUAGUGAGGUGUCAACAUUCUUAAAGAACUCUACUUAUCAAUUGACUUCACAAGCAAUGGGUACGCACAUACAAGUACAGAGUCAGAGGAAACAUUUGGAAGUGGAAGCCCAGGUAAAAGGUUUAACUGAUGGGAAUACAUCACCAAUUUCAUUACAAAAUGAAGGCAUGGAGAUUUGGAGUAAAUUAAAAGUGGAUUCUAACACAUUAACAUUGUGGCAUUCAAGUCUACGAAUGUAUCAAACAAUUCUUCGUCGUCUGGUUGAUGAAAUCGAUUGUUUGAAUGAAGCAUUACAUCGUCAUAACUUUGUUGAUGUACAAAUCGGUGCAGUUGGAUUAGAACGUUUACAUAAAACAGCUCAAACACAAUUAGCUCAACAAUAUGUACCAACUUUAUGUUCAUUAAUACCAUUCUUAGAAGUGAGUUCGAAUCAAGAGUAUUUAGUAAAAUGGAUUCAAGAACUAGCAAAAGGUGGUUCGAUGAGUGAAUAUCGUUGGAAUUCUGGUUCAACUUUCAAUGGUAAACAAUGGAAGGAUCAUUUACCAACCGAUGCUGCUAUUGUAAUGCAUUUGAUGGCUACUUACUUGGAUACACAAUUGGUUCCAUUACCACAUCAACCAGAUGGAAGACCAUUUAGUACAAGACAUCUAUGUAAAGGAUCAUCUGUAGGUGUAGUUGGAGGUGUAGAAAGAGGAUCCAAUCAAUUAGCAUCAGUUGUAAUACGUCAACUAUUAACAACGUUAUGUAAUCCAAUUCCUUCAUGUAGUUUGCUGUGGGUAAUGGAUCAACCAAAUCAUUAA